GGAGCUGUGGCUUACGAUGAAGUUGCUGAUUUGCAUUUGGCAGUUGAGCAGCUCUUUAGCCCUUUUGCAAAUAAACGAACAGUGUCUCAGUGUGACGUCUCCAGUGGAGCACGGAGAAAUAGCCAUUGAAGAAGAGGCAAUGCACCACAUGUGGCAGGCAUCGCGGCCAGUCACUGCUUGGCAGCCAACAAUUUUGCAGCCGGCAGCUGACAGCCAAGUUGCUGCAGGCGACGCCAUUGAAACGCACCCCGUGUGCCUGGCCAAUUAUAUCUAUCAAUGUGCCACCAAGCGUGCGGCAAGUCCAUUGAAUGAUUUGGAUCCUAGCAAGACGCCUCGCUUCAAAUUGAAGCAGCUUGAAUCAACAGCAACAGUUGACAUUGUCAGCAAUUGUUCUAAACGGGGUCAAGGCUUGGGCACUUAAGCAAUGGCAACUGCCUAUGGAACUAUAUUUUAUGGGAACUUAUAUUUAAUAAACUUGUUGUUUGUUCAUCUUAAAUACAACCGAAGAAACAGGCCUUAACUAAUCAGAAUGAGCAUUUUGGGAUAACUUAAAU